AUGUCGCAGGAACAAAAUCCUCAGCUGUUGAACUCUAUAGUUCAGCAGUUUUUGAAUGAGGGGAAGCGUUUCCUUGUGCUCACCGCACAGGCGAUCGUCUCUCUGGCAUGGCUCUGGCCCCUGAGGGGUAUCUACUUCUCAAUUUCCAAUCCAAGUGUGAUUAUGUCAGUUCGUGCCGCUUUGAUGAAGGCACUGCUGACCUCCGCCAUAAUAUUCGGAGCACUCGCCUUCUUCACUUACAUCCCCCAAAUGGGCGUUCUGGCCUUGUUCUCUGGGCCGCUCGCCCCUAUCCUGGCCCUCUUCCUCGUUGGUGCCGAGUCCGCGCUGGUUGUCGCCUUCUUCGCUCGUCCACUCUUCCUUGACCUGGCGUUGUCCCACGUGUUCGACGCGACCCUUCGUGCGCGCGGUCAGGGAGAGCUCGUUAAGACAGGAAAGACGCGCACACCCAGUGCCGCGAGGGGAGCUGCAUCGAACGUGGAGAGCGCUUUGGUGAAGCCGUUGCAAGCACUCUCCAGAGAUGGUUUAGUGCGCUACCUAGUUACACUUCCACUUAACUUCGUGCCGAUCGCGGGGACGGUGUUGUUUGUUAUGUACAACGGCUAUCGCGGCGGGCCAAGCUGGCAUUCAAGGUAUUUCCAACUGAAAGGGUUCUCGAAGAAUCAACGCGCAGCAUUCGUUCGACGCAAACAAGGAGAGUACGCUGCGUUUGGCACUGUCACCCUCUUAUGUACCUUUAUACCCUUCGUCGGUCUGCUCUUCAGCUUCACAAACACUGUCGGCGCAGCCAUGUGGGCUGCUCACCUCGAAGCACAAGCAAAUUUAAUCGAUACGCCCACACAGUCUAGACUGACGGAGAUGACGGGACAGACAGUCGAGCAGGCGGAAACGACUAAAGAGCAACCAAUAAAAUCUAGCGGACCAAGGGCACAAAUUAGCGGGACAAAAUCUAAGUGA